GAGGGGUGGGGAAACAGAGCGUUGAUGUGGCUGUAGUCAGCUGCUGUUUAAAAACCACACCCUGGAGCUGCAGUGAAGUUAGUCCCCGUACAGUGACUGAGCGGGCAGACUGUUCCGAAGACAAAAAUGGAAAUUCAUGAAAUCUUAUCCCAAGUGUGCCUGGGCACUGAUGAGCUCUCUGAUGGGGCCACAGUGAAACCCCUUGCUAAUUUCAACGCAGAGAAAGAAGCUGCAGAGCUGGAGCAGGCUCUUAAAGUCAAAGGUGUGGACGAGCACUCUAUCAUCGACAUACUGACAAGGUGUAGCAAUGCACAAAGACAGGACAUCGCCUUCCAUUAUGAAAGAAACACUAAGCAUAAACUGGAGGAUAAGCUGCAAAAAAGUCUCUCUGACCCUCUAAAAUCUGUCAUCUUGGCACUGAUGAAGACUCCAGACAAAUACGAUGCCUCUGAAAUGCGAGGUGCCAUCAAGGGUUUGGGAACCAAUGAAGACACUCUGAUUGAGAUCCUGUGCUCUCGCACCAACAAGCAAAUCUCGGAUAUGGCUGCUGUCUAUCUAAAGCUUUACAAGAAAGAUAUGAUUGAGGACGUCAAAGAAGAUACUUCUGGACAUUUUGCCAAGCUUCUUUGUACCCUAGCAAAGGGGAAUCGUCCGGAUCCCUCCAAUGUGGUCGAUAAUGAUCUGAUCGAUAUGGAUGCACGGGCCCUGCAUGAAGCUGCAGUGAAGAACCGUACUCAUGAUGUGGACAAAUGGAUCACUAUAAUGACUGAGAGGAGUAUUCCUCACCUGAGGAAAGUUUUUGGAAGAUAUAAAUGCUACAGCUGCUACGAUAUGUUGGAAAGUGUUGAUCGUGAGGUCAAGAAAGAUCUGAAAAAUAACUUUUUAGGCCUGGUGCAGUGUAUCCUGAACACUCCAGCAUUUUUCGCUGAAAAGUUAUCCAACUUACAGGGAAAUCUCAAGAAGGAUAUUUUAACAAGGAUCAUGGUGUCUCGUUCAGAAAUUGACCUGGUCUUUAUCAGGAAGGAGUUUAAGAAGAAAACUGGAAAAUCCCUGCACCAAUUUAUAACCGCUUCUACAAAAGGUGAUUACCAACGAGUCCUACUGGCUCUGUGCAGAGGUGAUGAUUAGAGGCGUCAUCUCAGACAGGAAUUCCAAUUCCGUACCUACUCUUAAGUCAAAGAAUUGCUCCAUAAAGCUGUGAGGGGACCCUGUCGGAUUAAACCACUUAACCUUCCUCACUCUGUGUAAAAGUCAAGUAUUACAAUAGUUAACUGUAAAAAGUUUGUGCUUGAAAAAUUCUCUACCGUAAAUCAGUCAAUCUUUGAAAAACUGCAAAUAUUUUACCUGUUGUUAACUGGAAAUAAAGCUUUGAACUUGAGCUACAUCUCAACUCAGAACCACUGCAUGCUGUUUUGAGGUUUGAGAUCAAAAGGAUCCAAAGUUUGAACUGGCACAGUUUGUUCACUCAUAGCUCAACGCAGGAGAUUUGCAGGAUGAAGUGUUUUCAGGCACAUACAUAAGGUGUUGCAUGUAGUGCAGUACUUAGUCUGGAAAUGCAUUUUGCUAUCAAGCCGUAAUGUCUUUUUAUACAAAAUAAAGAAAUUGGAUUAUUACUGUAA